AAUGGAGAAAGCAGAACCAGAUAAUCUUGACCCAGCUUUAACCGCUAUCACUUCAGAUCCAGCAAUAGAGUCAGCAAUUGAUUCGCAUUCAGUCUGGAAGACCCUCCAAGCUGAAAAUGAGAAGUCAACUUCUUUAUCUAUAAACUUAUCAGAGGAACAGAUAUCAUAUUCUUUAAAAAGACGAAAGUUAAAAUCAAAAAGAAUUGAGAAAGAGAAGCUUCCACCUCCAGGACCACAAGAUAGCUAUGAUUUCAAGCCAAUUGGAGAAAUUAAAAUCUUGAAGGAGUCUACAGAAGACUUUAAUGGCAAGGAAACUGACCUUAAAAUUUGCAGACUAAAGCUCAUUAAAGAACUAAGUGAUAGCUCACUUGAAGGUCUAGAAGGUUUCAACUACAUUUGGUUAAUAGCUUUCAAUGAAUCCGAUGACUCCCAAGAAGAGUCUAAAGCAGAAAACCCCUCUGAGCCCCAAAAAUGCGGAAAUCUACAACUAAUUCUCUGAAAACUAAUCAGUAUCAAAGGCAAAGAACUCACCAUGUCAUCCCCAGACCUAACAGAAAACACUCCAAUCCUCGACAUAAAGCCAUACCACUACAAAGACGCCAUCGACUUACCCAUAUCUCCAUAAAAUUCCCAACUUCUUAUGCC